CGAUACCACCAUGUCCUUGGCAUUCUGCGGCAACGACAACAACUCGGCCGCGUACAAUGUGGAUGCCGGUGUCCUCAACAACGGCUGCUUCCUGGAUGCCCUCACAGUGGUGCCACAUGUCUUCCUGCUCUUCAUCACUUUUCCUAUCCUCUUCAUUGGUUGGGGGAGUCAGAGUUCCAAGGUACACAUCCAUCACAGCACUUGGCUGCACUUCCCUGGACACAACCUCCGCUGGAUCCUCACCUUCAUCCUGCUCUUCAUCCUCGUCUGCGAAAUAGCCGAGGGCAUCGUGUCCGACGGAAUGCCUGAAGCCAUGAAGUUUCACAGUCCAGAAACACGAUAUAUGUGUUUUGCACACCCCACUGAAGUGAAGCCCCCAGAGGAUUUACAGGACCUGGGGGUUCGAUUCCUGCAGCCGUUCGUGAACCUGCUGUCCAAAAGCACAUACUGGUGGAUGAACACCUUCAUCACUGCAGCACACAGACGCCCCAUCGAUCUGAAGGUCAUUGGCAAGCUACCAAUUGCUAUGAGAGCUCUAACUAACUACCUGAAGCUCCGCGAGGCCUUUGAAGCCCAGAAGACAAAGAUCUUCAAUAAAAUAAUGCGUCUCUGCACCUCCAACAUGUCCAUGGGGGGAAUGACAGUGGGCCAGAUCUGCAACCUCGUCGCUAUAGACACCAAUCAGCUGAUGUGGUUCUUCUUCCUGUGUCCCAACCUGUUCGCAAUGCCAGUUCAGAUCAUAGUAGGAGUCAUCCUCCUUUACUACCUCCUGGGAAUAAGUGCCUUGAUAGGGGCCACGGUCAUCACCCUCCUGGCUCCGGUGCAGUACUUUGUGGCGACCAAGUUAUCAGAUGCACAGAAAAGCACAUUGGAAUAUUCUAGCGAACGGCUGAAGAAGACCAAUGAACUGCUGCGGGGUAUCAAGCUCUUGAAACUGUAUGCCUGGGAGCACAUCUUCUGCUCAAGUGUGGAGGAGACCCGGCGCAAAGAGCUCACCAGCCUGCAGACCUUUGCCCUCUACACCUCCAUAUCCAUAUUCAUGAACACUGCUAUUCCCAUCGCAGCAGUUCUCGUUACAUUCGUGGCUCAUGUUCAUCUGUCGGAUGAUGCAGAUCUGUCCCCCGCUGUGGCCUUCGCCUCUCUCUCGCUCUUCCACAUCCUGGUCACUCCUCUCUUCCUGCUCUCCAGUGUCGUCCGCUCCACCGUCAAAGCCCUGGUCAGUGUUCAGAAGCUCAGCGAGUUUUUCUCCUGUGACGAGAUUGGAGGUGAACAGGAGCCCAGAGCGACUGUCCUGCCCAAUUCAAGCAAUCACAACAAGUAUCAAGCCCUGCCUCUGAAGGUGGUGAACCGUAAGCGACCCGUCAGAGACGACUGGAACAGCUUCGCCCUUCAGAGCAAGCAGGAGGAUGAGCCGCUGGCGGUGGAGGAUGAAGAUAUCUGCAUCAAGAUCACAAAUGGAUAUUUCAGCUGGACUGAUGGAACCCCAACCUUGUCCAAUGUGAAUAUUAAGAUUCCUUUUGGUCAGUUAACUAUGAUAGUGGGCCAGGUGGGUUGUGGGAAAUCAUCUCUGUUGUUGGCUGCACUGGGCGAAAUGCAGAAGAUCUCUGGCACUGUUAUAUGGAACAGACUGCCCACUCUGGAUGAUGAAGGAAAUGAAAGUUAUGGCAACCCCUCUGACAGGAAAAGAGGUGCUGUGGCAUAUGCUUCCCAGAAGCCCUGGCUCCUAAACACCACUCUAGCGGAGAACAUCACUUUUGAGAUGCCUUUAAUAAAGCAAAGGUACAGAGCGGUAAUUGAAGCAUGUUCUCUCCAGCCGGACAUUGAAAUCCUGCCCCAGGGGGACCAGACGGAGAUCGGAGAGCGGGGCAUUAUUCUUUCCGGAGGCCAGAGGCAACGAAUCGGUGUCGCUCGAGCUCUUUAUCAAGCCACCAAUGUGGUGUUCCUGGAUGAUCCGUUCUCAGCGCUGGACAUUCACCUGAGUGAUCACCUGAUGCAGGAGGGCAUUCUUAAACUACUGAGGGAGGAGAAGAGGACGGUGGUGCUCGUGACACACAAACUACAGUAUCUCCCACAUGCAGAUUGGAUCAUUGCAAUGAAGGAUGGCAGCAUACAGACAGAAGGGACGUUAAAGGACAUCCAAAAUUCUCAGCCUGAGCUCUUCGAGCAGUGGAAGACUCUGAUGCACAGACAAGACAAAGAAUUUGAGAAGGAGACAGUAGAUGAGAAUAUGACGGUGCUGGAAAGAAAAAACUUGAGGCGAGCCAUGUACUCCAGAGAGGCUUUAAAGACUGAGGAGGAAGAGGAAGAACAGUCUGUGGAGAGCGAUGAAGAAGAUAACCUGUCUCAAGUGAUGAGGCACAGAGCCACCAUCCCAUGGAGAUCCUGUGGGACGUACCUGAGCUCAGCAGGCCUCCUGCUGCUUCUCCUGCUCUUGCUGUCCCAGCUCCUCAAACAUUCUCUUUUGGUGGCCAUCGACUACUGGCUCGCUCACUGGACGUCCAAAGUCAUCACAGCCAAAAUUGAUGCAGCUGCACACAACUGCUCCCUAGUGCAGUCUCUGUUCUUUGAAACGACUCCUUUAGCAAGCAUAUUAAACCGCUUCUCUUCUGAUACCAAUACGAUAGAUCAGCACAUUCCCGCCACUCUGGAGUGUUUGAGUCGCUCCACGCUGCUGUGUGUAUCAGCUCUGGGUGUGAUCUCAUACGUCACACCGGUUUUUCUCAUCGUAGUCGUACCGCUGGCCAUCGCCUGCUACUUCAUCCAGAAAUACUUCAGAGUCGCAUCAAAAGAUCUCCAGCAGCUGGAAGACAGCACACAGCUUCCUCUGCUCUCACACUUCUCUGAGUCAGUAGAGGGGCUCACAACCAUCAGAGCGUUCAGGUAUGAGCCUAGAUUCAGACAGAGACUUCUAGAGUUCACAGAUGCCAAUAACAUGGCCUCUCUCUUCCUCACAGCGGCCAAUCGCUGGCUGGAGGUUCGAAUGGAGUACAUUGGGGCCUGUAUUGUCCUAAUAGCAGCUGUGGCGUCCAUCACAAACUCGCUGUACAAUCAUCUGUCCACGGGGCUGGUGGGGCUGGGACUCACGUAUGCCCUCAUGGUGUCCAACUAUCUGAACUGGAUGGUGCGUAAUCUGGCAGACAUGGAGGUGCAGCUGGGAGCUGUGAAGAAGAUAAAAGCUCUGCUGAAGACUGAACCUGAAAACUACGAGGGUCUGCUGUCGGCGUCUCAGGUUCCUGAGGGUUGGCCUCAGCGGGGUGAGAUUCAGAUCCAGAAUCUGAGCGUGAGGUACGACAGCACCCUGAAGCCGGUCCUCAAACACGUCAAUGCCCACAUCAGCCCAGGACAAAAGGUUGGAAUCUGUGGUAGAACAGGAAGUGGCAAGUCGUCUUUCUCAUUAGCCUUUUUCCGGAUGGUGGACACAUUUGAAGAUGCCAUAAUAACUGAAGGUGGGGAGAACUUCAGCCAGGGGCAGCGUCAGCUCUUCUGUCUGGCGCGCGCAUUCGUGCGGAAGAGCAGUAUUCUGAUUAUGGACGAGGCCACUGCUUCUAUAGACAUGGCUACGGAGAGCAUUCUGCAAAAAGUUGUGAUGACUGCCUUCGCCGACAGAACUGUGGUCACCAUCGCUCAUCGUGUGCACACCAUCCUGAAUGCAGACCUGGUGAUUGUGAUGAAGAGAGGCGUCAUUCUGGAGUUUGAUAAACCAGAGGUUCUCCUCAAUCAAGAGGACAGUGUGUUUGCGUCAUUCGUGAGAGCCGACAAAUAAACCCGAGACCCUCGACUGAAAGUGCAAUUGUACCAUGAAUAAUGAAUAAUUUA